CGAAUUAAAUCACUAACCAGUAAGUAACAAAGAUAGAGCAGAGCGAUAUUUUGCAAACCGGGAUGAGUGUCGUCGGCGUCCACCGUUUAGCUCCUCCUCUACUUCCGCUUUCACUCCCUACUCCUCCACACGCCUCUCUCAGCAUCGCCGCCAAUCAAUCCGUAGUCCACCGGCUGGUUACCUCCUUUAGUCAAAGUGCUUCCCACCAUAAACGACCUGAUGAUGCUGAAGCUGAAUCUGAAUCUGAAUCUGAACCUUCCGUUGGUGAAGGAGAAACGUUGGAUAAGAAUGUGACACGCAGGAAGAACCCCUUCGUUUCAGAAGAGCUUCUCAUGAAAUUGAAGAGAUAUGGAUUAUCUGGAGUACUGUCUUACGGUUUACUUAAUACAGUCUAUUACAGCACAGCUUUCCUCUUGGUGUGGUUUUAUGUCGCCCCAGCUCCUGGAAAAAUGGGUUAUCUCGCUGCAGCUGAGAGAUUCGUUAAAGUGAUGGCCAUGGUCUGGGCUGGAAGCCAAGUUACUAAGCUCGUCAGAAUAGGAGGGGCAGUGGCACUUGCACCUAUUGUUGAUAGAGGACUGUCUUGGUUUACAGUAAAAUACAAGUUUGAAAGUCAGGGAAAAGCUUUUGGCGCAAUGGUUGGGAUAUGUCUUGGUCUGGCUUUGAUGCUAUUUCUCGUUGUGACACUGCUCUGGGCCUAGCACAGAGUAAUAGCUGCAUUUGGUGGUGCUUGCGUUUACAACAAUUUUGGUUUCGGUUACAACUUACAACAGUAUGUACUCGAGAGGCAUUGUGGACAUGAUCUGAUGUUCUGUUUUUUUUUUUUUUUGUAAGAAUGAUACGAUUUUGUAAACUAAAAUAAUUAAGAAAAUAG